CUCUCCCAUUGCCAUAUGCCGCAGGAGAGUCAGAUCACUUCGUUGGCUGCCGCAGCCGGGGAGACUCACGAGGACCCAGUCUGCAAUGAUGAGAUCAACCGAUUGGCGACCUUCAUCCUCGCACUAUCCGUUGCAUCUCGAUAGAGCAGCAGCAUCGACACCGAGCUCGGGUACACCGACGGACGCGCCCACACGUGCACACGGUGCCUGCACAGAGCUUUGCACAGUGGCGCAUUUGGUUUUGUCGUCUGUCUAAUGUCUGUCUGUCUGUCGGGUUGUCAUGGUGCCCCUCCCCUGCAGGAGGGCACGAGAAUCGGCCGGCCACCUCUCCACCGCCCCCGUCAUUCAGGAAGCUGUCGGAGCACCAGAGCGGCGCCAGGGGCGUCUAUUACCACAAGGGCAGCAAGGCAUGGGCGGCCAACUGGUACGAGGACGGCAGACAGAGAGAGAAGAAGUUUUCUGCGAGGAAGUUGGGCUAUGAGGGCGCCAAGCAGGCCGCCAUCUCCCACAGACGGAAGAUGGAGAAACAACAGUAUGACUAUCGGCCGGCCGCCUCCUCCCCGCCCCCGUCAUUCGAGCUGGAUGACGACAGUCGUCCACCGAUCCGCCCCACCAAGCGGCGACGCAACGGCACGAUGGAUCACAGCAGCACUGCCGAUGACACCCAACCAACAGACAGCAAUGGGCGGCCGGCCGGCGAGUCGGCCAGUGACAUCAACCGGCUUGACACGACGUGUGAUACGGCCGCGCUGGCCAUUUUGCUGGAGGGUGUGCGUGCGAGCGAUCCUGAGAGUGGCGGUCGGUAUGAGAUCGUCACAGUGAUGGUGGCCGGCCACCAGACGAGGGCCAUUCGGUGGAUGCCAACAGGUGCGUCUCACUCGUCCGUUCACUGA